CUCUUCUUAUCUCUCACACAAUCUGGCACGCACAAGAGAGUCAGCACGCGCGAAGGUGAGACACGAGCAGGCGGAAGGAUUCCCUGUAAUCGUUCCCCUCACAGAAGAAUGGUCCCUGGCAUGCAGUUUACUAAAGCGCAUCAUAAUAUCACGGAAAAACAAGGCGGACUACAGGAGUCACUCUCUCCACGAGCGCACCCUCUCCUCACAACAACCUCAUUUGUUUUCUUCAGCGGAGGUCAAGAGACAACACUUAAGAAAAUCUGUCCUCAAACAAUCAAGUGAUGCUCAAAUGAAAAGAACGAAAGAACGACAACAGAAACACCUGUCGUCCGCUUAUAAUUAGUUAAUGGACACGUAAAAUAGUUUUGAAUAGACUAACAUCUAAUUUGAAGUUGGUAUCACCUAUAAUCAAAUAAAUGUUGAUGAGAAGGGUUGGAGAUGUGUGACCGUGGGUGACACCAACGAGAGUUUUUACAGUGGAAAUAAGUUGAGCAAAUUAAAAUUGGGGUUGAACCUUUGAUCUGAAAACAGACCACAAAACAGACGGCCUGAAGAUGAUGCUGAGUCCUGACCAGCCAGACGUUGACCUGCCCUGGGGGCAGCCCGACACAGAGACCCUGCUGAACAGCAUCAAGAUGGAGUGCGCCCCCCUGCCCGCGGAGCCCGCAGAGGGCGAAGGCAAGGCGCGCUCUCUGUCCAUUCCUUCCCUCAGCAGGGAGGAGAAGAGGAGGCGGAGGCGCGCUACAGCCAAGUACCGGUCCGCGCACGCAACAAGAGAGCGCAUUCGCGUCGAGGCUUUCAACGUUGGGUUCGCCGAGCUGAGGAAGCUUCUCCCGACACUUCCGCCAGACAAGAAGCUGUCCAAGAUUGAGAUCCUCCGGCUCGCAAUCUGCUACAUCACCUACCUCAACCAUGUGCUGGAUGUGUAGGUCAUCAGUCAAGGAUGGACACCGUCAGUGAAGGAGAGAAGAAGACUGAAGAUGGAGACUGGGUAGGGUGGACUGCAUACGAAUGCUUGAUAGACAUUGUUGACACAUAUCUGGCCUGAGAGCACUGCUGUGCCUGUAGUGUGUGCCCAAGUGCCCUGUGUGCUGCCACUCUAGGCCAGAGUCACACAGUAAAACAGGACCUAAUGUCUUUCUCUUUCUCAGUGUUGUGAAGGAAAGAAACUGCUGCCCCACUGGACUUACCCACAGACUUACCCAAUCGAAUCCAAAUUUGCAGUGUCAGAAAACGCAAUAAUGUCGGGUGAUCCUACAUCGUAUAGGUUUAUUAGCCUAGUAUUGAAAAGCUGUCCUGUUAGCCAAUACUUGCCAUGGCGCAACUUCUCUCCGGACAGGGCUGAUUUAAAGGAUCUGUAGCUGUAGAGAUUCGCUGAAAUCAGUGAUGAAGUUCAAAGUAGAAUAUAAGUGCCACUUAUUUACAGAUAUGAUAUGUUGUAUAUUAUAUUCGUUAUUUGUUUUUGUAUUAGGCUUAGUAAGUUAUGUAUUUAUCAAUUAAUGUUUACAUUGUAAUGUCUUAUGUCUGGUGUUUGCACAUACAUAUUUAUUUGUAAUAUAUAUAACAAUUAUUUAUACUCUGACAACAGAACGAAUACUGUUGCUCUUUAUUGCACUUUUUAAUCGGAUUUUAUCUAUAAAAAAAUUCCCAAAAUGUUUUUGAAAUCCCUGUUAAAUCCAGAGGUUGCAAGUGAGAUUGCAGUGUUUCGUUUGGUAGGGUGAGACACAGUUUCAGCUUUACGCCUACAAUUUCAUUAUUAGCUUUUUCGAUUGUCCAGAAGUUUGUUGGUUUCAUGUUCAGCAUUUAAGGACAAUAACAUUUUUUUUCUGUGACAAACUCCAUAGUUUACUUUAGCCAAUACCUGCUUUCCAAAGAUUGCUUAACAUUUCAGGGUGUCCUUUUGUAGUAUGCCAUAUAUAUAACACACCUAAACAGCUUUUGUUAAUAAAUUAAUAAAUUGUUAAUACAUUUUUUAUCUUAAAUGUUUGUUGUUGUAUGGACAUUCUGGCAAACGUUCAGGUGGAAAUUCGACUAAAACAUUUCCUAACUAAAGAUA